AUGCAGAACGAGUGGUUAGACAUAGGAGAUUUUUGCAUCCCAUUAGCAUUAAAAUGGCGCACUUUAAUUUAUGAUUGGUCGCCAGCAUUGCUAAAAUUCUAUCUCAAUGCGUUCCAGAUGACUCUCCCAGAUCAGAGUAAUUUAGUAAGAUGGGGUAAAAGUACCGAAAAAACUUGCUAUAUCUGUGGAAAGGCAGUUGGAACUGCUAAGCAUCUGCUGGUGGGAUGUAAGGUACUCCUGGACAGCGGUCAAUACUCGCGUCGUCACGAUAGGGUUCUAGAAGUCAUACGUGAAGCGGUUAGUCUUUCGGUAGCCAGAGUGCAAAAGGAAAUAACCACAAACGAACGAUCAGUAGGUUUUGUGAGAGAAGGCACUAGGGCUACAAAAUCAAACGUCAAGCCUUACUCCAUCCUUAAAGCGGCGUCGGAUUGGACUAUAAUGAUGGACACGUAUGAAAAACAAUAUAAAAUCCCCGAGGAUAUUUGUGCGUCGGCCUCCAGACCGGAUAUAUUUUUGUUUUCGCGAAUUAUAAAGCGCGUAUUGAUGAUAGAGCUUACGGUCCCUUGGGAAACCAAUAUCCCCAAAGACCAUACCAUCAAGGUCAACAAAUAUUACGAGCUCACAAACGAACUCACUUGA